AGGGAAGGGGUUCGCCUCAGGUGGUGUGCCGGUGUCACCAUGACACAGUCACCGAACUCGGCUGAAAGUAAUUCGCUUUCGCCGGCUUUCAUCGCUCGACGUGUCUCGUCUUUCGCUACGCAGUCUCGACGUAUGAUUGAUACAAGAACAAAGAAAAGUACACUUAAUAAAGAACACGGUAGAGGAGUUACAACAGAUGCAUGCCAUAGAGAAAGGGAUAAUUUCUCUUCGCCCAUAGAUAUGUUUCCUAUCCCUUCUUCCCAACUUCAACUGGAGGAUUUUGUUUUCCACCAGUAAUAGAACAAACAAAAGUUUUAAUGAUUUCUUGGUUUCUGUUUCUUUGGCUGCCAGCCUAGAGACAAUAAUUACAGAAUUGCAAAAGUAACACUAGAUGUACUGUCCGCCGUGCUUUACAUCAAGCAGAGUAAAUCAUUCAUCGAUGAUGGUUAAUUAGAAGCGUUGACAAGCAUCGUCCUUAGUAUCCGAAAAUGGACACCUCUGUUAUGUCAGCUGUAACAUUGGAAAUCGACGAGAACAGCUAUAGAGAGAUUUAAAGGAAGAGCGAAAAUAUUUUAAAUAUAACUGCGCCAGCCUACUGUCAUCUGGAACAAAUUAACUCAGUCGAUGAGAUUUUAGCCGAGUUCUGACACUAGUACGUUUUACAAUUCGCAACAGUGACCUUCGAAAAUCCCAAUGCACACGCGUUACUCAUGAACGGAAUGGUUGAACAGAAACUAGCGUGUGUCUAUUGUAAAAUACCAAUUUUACGUCGUUGCAUCAUCGUUCCUUUGGCAAAGUAGAAGACAGCAUCCUCUUCCCGAUGCGUAGAUUUUUACGUAGAAUAUUCAACUUUGAGUAACGCGUAGAAUGUUCCUGUCGUUAAAGGUACAAGAAAUUUCUACUCGAGUUCUUUGUAUAAUGAUCAACUUGCGUAGAAAAUCAUGGUUAACGUACCAAUUCAAGUUAAGGACUAAGCCUUAAGUUCCCCUAAGGCUUGAUUGCGCUGCAAGGAGGAAAUGAAACUCGUCGAUUUUUCGCUUGCUCCACAUUUUCCCGAUCGACGCUCAGUGAAAAUAAGCGAGGCGGAAGAUGAACGGGUGAAGCGAAUACCCGGUCGUAUAAGGCUCGCCUCUGGAGGGAGGUGUCAGUUGGAAAGUGCGAGCUGCUCUCGUAGGAAGAACGAGAAACGAAACGUUUUACUGAUCGAUUGACAUGAGUUCGAAGUUGCGUUCGUUGAUUUUCAUCGCGUUACUCUUUUUCGCGAGCACGUCGGAGGGAAAAGAGAAACCGGAAGUAACGCCGUCGUGCAUCGACGACAAGAGGUUCUAUCGAAAUCCGAAUACACCGGCUCACAACGUUUGGUCUCCAGCAGAAUGUGCCAAGUAUUACUUGUGCUUAGACAACGAGGUGUUUGAAUUCAAGUGCUCGCAGGGAUUGCUGUUCGAUGUUUCUAGACAGAUAUGCGACUUCAAAGCAAACGUUGAUAACUGUGACGUGACCUCAGAGACGCAACCACCGAGACCGCUGCUGAAGAACGGUGAUUGCGAUGAGAAGCAUUUGGCUUGCGGCGAUGGAACUUGCUUCCCGGCUACAUACUUCUGCGACGGUAGUGUCGAUUGUCCCGAUGGCUCUGACGAAGGCUGGUGCGAUGUUCGAAACGAUCCAAACGGUGCGUCGACUUGCAAUCCCAAAGAAUGCUACUUGCCGAAUUGUUGGUGCUCCGAGGAUGGAACAGAAAUUCCUGGUAAUCUCACUGCUUCCAUUGUUCCUCAGAUGAUAACGAUUACGUUUGACGAUGCAGUAAACGCAGAGAAUUUCGAACUCUAUUCAAAAAUUUUCUCAAGCGACAGGAAAAAUCCAAACGGAUGCCCGGUUCGAGGCACGUUUUAUGUCAGCCACCAGUAUACGAAUUACAGGGACGUACAGUAUUUGUGGAACAUCGGGCAUGAAAUUGCCGCGCAUUCCGUCACGCAUCGAGGUCCCGAGGACUGGUGGUCGCGAAAUGCCACUAUCGAAGACUGGUUCGACGAGAUGGUUGGCGUGGCGAAUAUUAUUCAUAAAUAUGCUGCGGUUCGUUUGAAGGACAUCAAAGGUUUGAGGGCACCUUUUCUACGCGUUGGUUGGAACCGACAGUUCCUAAUGAUGUCAGAGUUCGGAUUCGUUUACGACUCGUCCAUGCUGGCACCGUUUUCCGACCCUCCUAUCUGGCCGUACACAUUGGAUUACAGGCCACCGCAUGAUUGCGUAGGUCCUGAACAGCUUUGUCCAACCCGUGCAUACCCAGGGAUCUGGGAACUACCACUAAAUCAACUUUUGGCAGGUGAAUACGUUUGUACAAAAAUGGACAGCUGCUCUUCGAAUUUAUCUGAAGAAGAUGUGUAUGGAAUAUUGAUGCUGAAUUUUAAAAGGCAUUAUCACAGCAAUCGUGCACCUUUUGGAUUACAUUUCCAUGCAUCUUGGUUUCGAGAACCAACGUAUUUUUAUGCGUUUAACAAAUUCAUGGACGAUGUACUUCGUCUAACCGAUGUGUAUUUCGUAACGAGUCAUCAAGUGAUCGAGUGGAUACGUCAACCAACUUCCUUGAACGCAAUCGAUAACUUCGAGCCUUGGCAAUGUGGCGCGUAUCAAUUUCAACCGUUUGAGGUGGCUUGUGAUUUACCGAGUAGUUGUAAGUUACCAAGUAGAGUACUUAAAUCGUAUCGGUAUUUACACACUUGUUUCGAAUGCCCUAAAGAAUAUCCAUGGUUAAGAAACGAAUUUGGAUUGGAAUAAUGCAGUAAUAAGUUAUUAUAUUUACUUUAGAAAGGAACAAACAAACCUGUGUUUGUAUUUUUAUAAGAAAAUCAUGUGUAUUUACUACACAUUUUCAUUAUCAUAAGUUCACAUAAUUUAUAACAUAAAAAAAUUACUUCUAGUUUUAUUAUAACAAAUUCAUCCAAAUAUUACAGUUUAUAAAUCA